AUGGCACAAGGAGCACUGAAAGUGAUAAAGAAGGGCAACGUCAAAAAGUCGCAGACGCCGAAAAAGGCGGCGAAGAAGACGAUUGCGCCUCGAAAGAACUCUGCGAUUGUCACCGCAAAACUGAAGAAGAAACACUCAUCAGCCAUCGCGGUCGAGACUGAGAAACUACUCUCGUCGCGAGUAGGCCAUCUCGAGGUGCUCAAAGGGUCGCGACGCGAGAUUGCAAAGAAGGAUGCGCAGAAGCAGGCAAAGGAGCGGAUUGCGAAGCAUCAGGAGAAGAGCAAGUGA